CUUGACUGUCUUGCUGUCUUCAUCUUGACGUUAACGUACUAUGUGAUGUUUGUCGUAAAAUAAAAUUAAAGUUUCAAAAUAAUAUGUUGAUAAAAAAAUAACUUAAGUUUAAAAAGUGUCCAAAUGUAAAUAUGUUGUCAAGAAAUUUAAGUAAAGUCGUGAAGUAUUCAUUGUACGGUGGUGUUACCGUAGGAAGUGCUGUUGUAGCUUUAAAAUAUAAUGACGCUGAUUACAAUUCUUUUGCUAUAGUGAGACUAACUAGGACCGCUUAUACAGCUGUCGAUAUUGGUAGGACAUACCAGUCCAUGUUAUAUAGCAAAGAAUGGGAUAAAAGUUCUAAUGAAUACUUGGAGGUUAAAAGCCAAGCUCAUCAAAUUGGGGCAGAGAAACUGCUUGAAUUAUGCAAAGCCAACAAGGGGGUCUACAUAAAGGUUGGUCAACACAUCGGUGCUCUUGACUAUUUACUUCCCAGCGAAUAUGUGACGACUAUGCGAAUUUUACAUAAAGAUGCACCCAGGAACACAGUUGAAGAAUUGUAUGAAGUUAUAAAAGAAGACCUUAAGAAAGAUCCCAAGGAAUUGUUUGAAGAAUUUGAUCUAGAACCUCUUGGAACAGCCUCUCUUGCUCAAGUUCAUAGAGCUAAAUUAAGAGAUGGGCCUGAAGUUGCAGUUAAAGUACAACAUCAUUUUGUUAGAAAAAAUACAAAAAUUGAUUUGAAAUGGAUGGAAUUUAUCAUUAAAACAAUGUCAAAAGUAUUUCCUGACUUUCAAAUGCAAUGGCUUAUUGACGAGACAAAGAAAAAUAUUGCAAAGGAAUUGGACUUCUUGCAAGAGGGCAAAAAUGCUGAGAAAGUUGCAGAAUUGUUUAAAAAUUAUUCAUGGUUAAAAGUUCCUAAGAUAUUUUGGGAUUUUAGCACCGAGAGAGUCUUGGUGAUGGAAUAUGUAACUGGUGGCCAGGUUAAUGAUGUUAAAUAUAUUGAUGAACAUAAAAUAAGCAGACCCGACUUAUGUCAAAAGUUAGGUGAUCUGUAUUCCCAUAUGAUAUUUGUAACUGGUUUUGUGCACAGCGACCCCCACCCUGGUAACAUUCUGGUAAAAAAGGAUCCUCUGGACAAGGAUGUAACAGUAUUCUUGUUGGACCAUGGUCUUUAUGCUCAACUUACAGACAAAUUUCGUUACCACUAUUCCAAUUUAUGGCUCUCAAUAAUUGCAAGGGACAGAGAUAAAAUCAGAGAGCAUGCAGAGCAAUUAGGAAUAGAGAAAGAAUUAUAUGGACUUUUCGCUUGUAUGGUGACUGGGAGACCGUGGGACGUCAUCAUGAAAGGCAUAGACAAGACUAAACCAUCAUCUGCAGAGAAAACAACUUUCCAAAACGAGAUACCAAACUUCCUGCACCACGUGACGCGCUGCUUGGAACACGUGGACCGACAAGCGUUGCUGGUGCUGAAGACGAACGACCUCAUCCGCAGCAUAGAGUACGCGCUGGGGAUGCAGGAGCGGAUGUGUGGGUUCCUGGUUAUGACCAAAUGUUGCACUAAGAGCAUAUACCAGCACGAGUUUAAGAAAGCGGGGUCACUGGCGAGAAAGCAGUUUCUAAACACGAAAUAUGUAUGGUCACUGUUUGUUCUGUAUAUUUAUGGAAUUUAUUUAUCACUGAGAACUAGAUUUAAUCUGUAUAGCUAGAAUUUCUUAACACACUAUACCCAAUUGUAUUAUAUUAGUAGGGUCUGAUGGUAACCAAAAAUAUUUAUUUUGCGUAUGAUGCUUUAAGAGUUUUAAGGGAUAUUUUAAAGGGGUUGCCAGUAAUAGAAUCACAAAAUAAUAAAUAUGUAAAAUGUGUGUUGUAAUUUACAAAAAAGUGUAAAAAUUAAAUAUAAUUAUGUACUGUAUACUUUUUAUUUACAUAA